CGCUCUGCGUCUCUCUGUCUCGAUCUCUCUUUCAGAGGGGCGUGGGGGUGGCGGGGAGAGAGAGAUCCACCGCAUCAAUCCUCUUCAGCCUGGGAUGGUAAUUGGUAUCAAGCAGAAAAGGAGGUAGGAGAGAGAAAGAAAAAGGUUAGAGAGAGAGAGUCAGACAGAUAGAGGUAGGUUAGGGAGUGAAACAAGAGAAGAAGGGGUGGGGGAGAGGGAAGCGGUGCGGGAGGCCAAGUCUUAGAGAGAGAGAGAGAGAGAGAGAGGAAGAAGGUUAGGGGAAGGGAAAGAGAAGAGGAGAAAGCGAAAAAGUGAAGCCCGAGAAGGACCAAACGGAGGGAGAGAGAGAAGGAGAGGCUACCUAAGCCAGACAAAAGGAGAAAGAGUGAUCCUAUCUAUUCAUUGUGAGAGGGGACUGGGGACCCCGCCAAAAGGUGGCCAGCAAGAAACGCCAUGCCCAUCCCCAUCAGCUUCCCCUCACCUCUCUGAAAGCGGAGGGUAGAAGUUUCAAGAACAAGGAAAGCCGGAAAGCAGGUUUGCUGGGGAGGAAGAUUUCUUACCUUUCUCUCAUGGGGAGCCCGUCGGAGGAUCUUCUGAAGAAAAUCCAGGAACUUGAAGUUGGGCAGGCUCAGUUGAAGCAUGAGAUGUCCAAAUUGAUCGUCAACAAGGAAGGCACCUCAGUGUGCCCUCAUCCUCAACAUCCUCAUCACCAAUCCCACCAAAGAUCCCAAUCGGUUUCGCCGAAGAGGUCGAGGCUCUCGAACUUGAGCCGCAAGGGAAUCGAUGAUUUAAGGCAACGUAAGGGCUCGUCUUCGCUUCGUCAUUCGUCGCCGCUGAGCCGGAGCGGCGACAACUUUUCUUCCGGACGCAAACUCGAGUAUGGGGCGGCCAUUAACUUCACGGAUAAGCAGUGGCUGAACAUUUUGCAGUCCAUGGGUCAGUCUGUUCACGUGCUCGACCUCAACGGCCGGAUAAUUUACUGGAACCGAACUGCAGAAAGGGUGUAUGGCUAUUCUGCAUCAGAAGCACUUGGUCAAGAUGCUGUGAAGCUACUUGUCGACGCCCGUGAUAUUGAUAUUGCAGAACGCAUAGUUAGCCAGAUAAAAAUGGGUGGAAGCUGGUCUGGCCAGUUUCCAGUAAAAAAGAAGUCAGGGGAGCGGUUUUCAGCUAUUGCUUCAGAUACUCCACUAUAUGAUGAUGAUGGUAGAUUAAUUGGGAUAAUUUGUGUCUCGAAUGAUGUCCGUCCUUUUCAGGAGAAUACAGUUGCACUGGAUGGUUUUGGCCCUUCAACAUUAGAUUCUGGUCACAGCUCUAGAACCAUUUUUGCUAGCAGAUCUGUUGGUGAUUCUCAGCAACCGCUUCAAGCUGCAAUUGCAUCCAAACUUUCAAAUUUGGCUUCAAAGGUGACGAACAAAGUCCGUUCACAUAUACGAGUGAAUGAGAACACCACAGAACGAGAAAGUGGGUUUGCCAAUACCCAUUCAUCUGAUGUUGGUAGCUCUGAGAUGUCCUUGCCUGCUGACCAAAGAGAAGAUGCAACAUCUAGUGGAGCCAGUACACCGAGAGGUGAUGUACCACAAUCACAUUUUAGCAUGCAUAGUCCGGCUAGUUCAGGGGAAAGGUCUCCUGGAAAAGGACACAGGGAUUCUCAUGAGGAAGGGGAUGGAAAAAGUGGCAUUCACAAAAUUUUAACUUCAAAGGCAGAGGCUUGGAUUUCAAAGAAGGGAAUAUCAUGGCCUUGGAAAGGGAAUGAACAGUUUGGAAUGGACUCAAGGUCUCGCUUCACUUGCCCGCAUCCGAAUACCGACCAGGAUAGUGACCAGAAGGCCUGUGAAACUUGUGUUGCCCCUGAAAAUCAAGCACCUGACAACAAUCAACAGGCCAACAAUGAGCCCACAGGAUCCGGGUCUUCUGCAAAUGUGAACAGCACGAGUAGCGCUAGCAGCAGUGGGAGUACAAGUAGCAGUGCUAUACAAAAGUUGGACUUGGAAACUGACUGCUUAGAUUAUGAGAUUCUGUGGGAAGAUUUAAUAAUUGGGGAACAGAUUGGACAAGGUUCUUGUGGAAGUGUCUAUCAUGGUCUCUGGUAUGGCUCGGAUGUGGCAGUUAAGGUUUUUGCCAAGCAGGAGUACUCAGAGGAAGUCAUAGAGUCCUUCAGGCAAGAGGUGUCUCUGAUGAAGAGGUUGCGGCAUCCAAAUGUCCUACUUUUUAUGGGAGCAGUGACUUCUCCUGAGCGCCUUUGCAUUGUCACUGAGUUCUUGCCACGUGGAAGCUUAUUUCGCUUGCUUCAGAGGAACACUGCAAAGUUGGAUUGGAGGCGGAGAAUUCAUAUGGCAAUGGAUAUUGCACGGGGUAUGAAUUAUCUUCAUCAUUGCAACCCACCCAUCAUUCAUCGGGAUUUAAAGUCUUCAAACUUGUUGGUUGACAGGAACUGGACUGUGAAGGUCGGGGAUUUUGGUUUAUCACGUCUAAAACGUGAGACAUACUUGACAACAAAGAGUGGUAAAGGAACGCCCCAGUGGAUGGCUCCAGAGGUUCUUCGUAAUGAGCCGUCUGACGAGAAGGCUGAUGUCUACAGCUAUGGGGUAAUAUUGUGGGAACUAGUCACGGAGAAGAUACCUUGGGAUAACCUAAACUCAAUGCAGGUUAUAGGAGCUGUUGGAUUCAUGAAUCAGCGGUUAGAGCUUCCAAGUAAUCUUGAUCCACGGUGGGUGGCUAUAAUUGAGAGCUGUUGGCACAGUGAUCCACAACAACGGCCAACAUUUCAGGAGCUACUAGAAAAGCUGAAGGAGUUGCAGCGUCAAUAUGUUGCCCAUCCAUCUGCUACACGUUCUCAGCCUGGAGACUCUCAACCAAAGGAGCUAUGAAGAUACUAGUCCUGAAUUUUGGCUCGAGGAAAGCAAUUCUUUUGAUGCAGUUCAACAUCCCAACGUGAAAUGGAACACACUAGCCAAAUUGAUGGAGUCCAUGUGAUGCAGCACCCGUUUUUGCAGUUAUCACUUGCCCAUAGGUGCUGAGAGGUGUUCCCCUAAGCUAAACAUUGGACUACUUUUCUUCAACAGAAAAACAUUGGACUCCUCAAGAAGCGCCAUUGAAAGAGUAUGCUGUUAGCAAGCAAUGCUACACCUUUCUGUGUAGAUAUCACACGUGGUUGAGGCUGUAUCCGCCGUGCUUUUGUUCCUGGCAUUUUUGAGCAAGCAUCGUCUGGAAGAUAUGCGGGCACAGGCCAGCAGUCCAGGCUUUCUGUUUUAGAUUUAUCUGUAUCCCUGGCUGCAAUUCCUACUGGCGUGUCUGCUUUCUUACUGCCAUUUAUAGUCCGUGCUACAGAUUGUAAUUUACUUUGUCUUGCGUGUUGUCCUUGCACAAAUUAUGUGAAUGGUGAUUUGAAAAAUGGGAAAAAAAAAAUAUCGGUGACGGCUUCUUUUUCCA